AUGUUAAUACCACCCGGCGCGGGCAUUUUCUGCUACUGCUGCUGCGGGCUCCUCCGUCCGAGACAGAUGUUGCGAAACCAAGGCCUCCUCAAGUGCCGCUGCCGCAUGCUCUUCAAUGACCUGAAGGUCUUCCUGUUGCGGAGACCCCCCGCCCCGCCGCCGCCCUCCCCGCCGCCGCCGCUCCCUAUGCCCGGCGGAGCUGAGGCGGCGGCAGGCGGCCCGGGGGGGGCCGCACCGCCCGGGGGGCGCGGGCCCGGCUGGCGGGCGGCAGCGGGCGGCGGCGGCGGCGUGGGCAGCCCGGGCGCCGAGGAGUGGGGCAGCCCUGCUGGGGAGCCGCCCGCCUCCCUGCCCAGCAGCACCUCCUCGGAUGACUUCGGCAAGGGCAAGGCGGAGGACCGCUACUCGCUGGGCAGCAGCGUCGACAGCGGCAUCCGCACCCCGCUCUGCAGGAUCUGCUUCCAGGGGCCCGAGCAGGGGGAGCUGCUGAGCCCGUGUCGAUGCGAUGGUUCGGUGAAGUGCACGCACCAGCCAUGCCUGAUCAAAUGGAUUAGCGAGAGAGGCUGCUGGAGCUGUGAGCUGUGUUACUACAAGUAUCACGUCAUUGCCAUAAGCACAAAGAACCCUCUGCAGUGGCAGGCCAUCUCUCUGACAGUCAUUGAGAAGGUUCAGAUAGCAGCAGCAAUCCUGGGUUCCCUCUUCCUCAUCGCCAGUAUCUCGUGGCUCAUCUGGUCGACCUUCAGUCCUUCAGCCAAAUGGCAGCGCCAGGACCUGCUCUUCCAGAUCUGCUAUGGAAUGUAUGGCUUCAUGGACAUUGUCUGUAUAGGUCUAAUAAUACAUGAAGGGCCUUCGGUUUACCGGAUUUUUAAACGGUGGCAGGCUGUCAAUCAGCAGUGGAAAGUGCUGAACUAUGACAAAACAAAGGACAUGGAGGAACAAAAAACAGGGACCAGGACAAAUCAGCGCCCAUCCUCCCAAACCACACACUCGUCCUCCACUGGUGGUACAGCCACUAACUCCGCUCCAGCCGACAGCGGGGCACGGGCUGCCGGCCAUGCCACAGGCACCCUCUCUGACCACCACUGUGCUUAUACCAUCCUGCAUAUACUCAGCCACCUGAGGCCUCACGAACAGAGGAGUCAGUCUAGUAGUAACAGAGAGCUCGUCAUGAGGGUCACGACGGUCUGA